ACCGGUCCCGUGAUUGACAUGCCCGUGCCUGCCAGCUUCAACGACAUCACCCAAGACCCCAGCCUGGAGAACUACAUCGGCUGGGUUUGGUAUGAGAAGGAGGUGCUGCUCCCUGCCCGCUGGCUCCGGGGUGACCUCCGGGUGGUGCUCCGCUUCGGCAGCGCCCACUACUACUCCAUGGUGUGGGUCAACGGAGUGCAAGUUGUGGAGCACGAAGGGGGCCACCUCCCUUUUGAAGCAGACAUAAGCAGCAUCGUGCAGGGCAGCCCAGGGACCCCAUGCCGCAUCACCCUCGCGCUCAACAACACCCUGACGCCCCACACUUUGCCCCCAGGGUCCAUUCAGUACAUGAAUGACAAAACAAGGUAUCCCAAGAACUAUUUUGUACAGAACAUCAGGUUUGAUUUCUUUAAUUAUGCUGGAAUCCAUCGGCCGGUUGUGCUUUACACCACUCCUGCUGUCUACAUAGAUGAUAUUACUGUGACAACCACUUCAUCAGAGAGCGUUGCACUGGUGCAGUAUCAGGUGUCGGUUGUUGGCAGCACACUCUACUCCUUGUCCCUGAAUUUACGUGACCAAGAGGGGAAAGUGGUUGCUACAGGUGAUGGGUCAGCUGGAGAACUAAAAGUCCUGAACCCAAACCUUUGGUGGCCUUACCUGAUGCACGAGAGCCCUGGAUACCGCUACUUCUUGGAGGUGAGAAUGCAGGUGCAGGUGAACGGGGAGCUGCUGGAGGACGUGUACACGCUCCCGGUCGGCAUCCGCACGGUCCACGUCACCAACAGGCAGUUCCUCAUCAACGGCAAGCCCUUCUACUUCCACGGCGUCAACAAGCACGAAGACGCAGAU